AUGCUGGCAAUACAUCAUACAACGACGACGGUUCCAAUUCCUCGGAUUCUAUAUAGAGACGAUCUAGAGGUCCUACCUCGGCUUAUGGCGGCAUCUAUAGGGAAGAAGUGGAAAGACUGGAAGUAUGAGACUAAGAAACAAGCUUAUUAUCCCUAUAGAACUGAUGUAGAAAGAUUAGCUCGCAAGCCUGACCGAGUGGAGGAAUCACAUUGGCGGGAAAAAAGUGAGAGGGACAAACUCAUUCAGAGCAAGAAAAAUUUCAUCACACCAUUGGCCGAACAAGCUUUGCAUGUGUUAUGGAAAGGUCAGACAAUGAUGAACUUGUGUCACAAAUGCCAGUCUUCUAUGCAAUCUUCAUCUGCAGUAGAUGAAGUUUUCACUCAAGUCAUGGGACUGGAGCGACCUGGACGUGUUAGAACAUAUGGUUUUGGGUCAUCUCCAAGAGAUGUGUUUGGGCAUAAAAAAUUAGAAAAGAUGCAAGCAAUGUUUGCUCAACUAGAUGAGCAAUUGAGUAGACAUAAGGCAGCAGGCACAAAUGGAGAAGCAAAUGAGUCAGAUGGAAGCUAA